AUGGCUCCAUCCGAAAAAGACAAUAAGAGUGAGCUUGCCACCGCCAAGCCAGAGAUGAAGAAAGAUUCUAAAAAGAAACAAGAGGUGGAAGAAGAAUUAUCUGAAGAAGAUCAACAGUUAAAAGACAGUUUAGAAGCGAUUGUAGAAAAGCUCAAUGCUCCUGAUGUUGCUUCUUACGAUUCGUCUUUAGAUCAAUUGAAGAAGUACUUGAGAGAAUCUACUUCUUCAAUGACUGCCAUUCCAAAGCCUUUGGUUUUCUUGCAGCCACAUUACACUAUAUUAACUGAAUUAUAUGAUAAAUGGACUGAUAAGAAAUUAAAGUCCAAGUUUGCAGAUAUAUUAUCUAUCUUGGGUUCAAGUAACAAGAAAAUGGAUGCUUUAAAGUAUAGAUUAUUAUCAUCUGAAGCUGACACUGCCGAAUGGGGUCAUGAAUACGUUCGUCAUUUAGCCCUCGAAAUUGGAGAAGAAUAUGGUGAAAGAUUGGAAAAAACAGAAGCAACUGAUGAUUUAUUGAAGUUGGCUCUCGAAAUUGUUCCAUUUUUUCUCGAGCACAAUGGGGAAGCUGAUGCUGUUGAUUUAUUAUUGGAAAUAGAGGGUAUUGAAAAUUUACCAGACUAUGUUGAUAAAAACACCUAUUCUAGAGUUUGUUUGUAUAUGGUGAGUUGUGUUCCAUUAUUAGCUCCGCCUGAUGACCUAGCGUUCUUGAAGACCGCUUACAAGAUUUACUUGGCCAACAAUGAAUUGCCACAAGCGUUAGCCUUGGCUAUCAGACUCGAUGAUGAAAAACUAAUCAGCAAUGUUUUCACAGCCACAGAAGACGUGUCGGUUUGGAGACAAUUGGGCUUUAUUUUGGCUAGACAAAACUCUUCCUUCAAGCACGAAAAUCAAGACAUACAAGAAAUCAUUUCCAACUUGAAAUUAAGUGAGUACUUCAAAUACUUGGUGAAAGAAUUGAACUUGUUAGAUCCAAAAGUCCCUGAAGACUAUUAUAAAUCACACUUGGAAAACAGUAGAUUUGGUGAAUCAGCAUCUUCUGUUGAUUCUGCUAAACAAAACUUGGCUUCCAAUUUUGUUAACGCCUUCAUUAAUUUGGGUUAUUCUAAUGAUAAAAUUAUUACUGAGGAUGAAAAUAAAUCAUAUAUUUACAAGACUAAAGGUUCUGGUAUGCUCUCUACUACUGCUUCCAUCGGUUCUAUUUACCAAUGGGAUUCCAGCGAUGGUUUGCAAGAGGCCGAUAAAUUUUUGUACUCUAAUGAAGACGAAAUCAAAGCUGGUGCUCUUUUGGCAAUGGGUAUUGCCUCUAAUGGUGUCCAUGAUGAUGUUGAAGCUUCAUUUGUGUUGUUGAAAGAUUAUGUUACUUCUCAAUCAAAAUACUUGAGAGUUGCAUCAAUCAUUGGUUUGGGUAUAUCGUUUGCUGGUUCGCAAAAUGAGGCUAUUUUGGAAUUAUUAAUUCCUGUGAUUGCUGAUCAAUCCACUUCUUUAGAAAUCGUUUCCAUUGCUGCAUUGAGUUUGGGUCAUAUUUUCGUCGGAACUUCCAACGGUGAAAUUGCCUCCACCAUCUUGCAAGUAUUCUUGGAAAGAGACUUGUCUGAUUUCUCUAGUAAAUGGGUGAAGCUUUUGUCGCUUGGUUUGGGUUUAUUAUACAUUGGCUGUUAUGACUCUAUUGAAGAAGCUGUUGAGACCAUCAGUGCCAUUGAACAUCCAAUUGCUCAAUCUUUACAGGUCUUGGUCACCGUCUGUGCCUUUGCUGGUACUGGUAAUGUUUUACAAAUUCAGAAGCUAUUAUCCUUGUGUCUUUCGAAGACUGAAGAUGAAGAAAAAGAAGAAAGUGACGAGGAAAAAACUGAAGAAGAAAAAUCAAAAUCAUCGGUUGAUGAUGAAGAUGUGGAUAUGGUAGAUGCGGAAAAGAAAGAUGAAGAUGAAAAGAAGGAUGAUUCUGAAGAAACCAAAAAAUCCGAAUUCAAAAAGGAUGAUAACCUCCAGGCUUAUGCUGUUUUGGGUGUGGCAAUGAUUGCAAUGGGAGAAGAAAUUGGCCAGGAUAUGGUGUUGCGUCAUUUUGGUCAUUUGAUGCAUUACGGUAACCCAGUGAUUAGAAGAGCUGUUCCAUUGGCUAUGGGUUUGGUGUCAGCUUCUGACCCACAAAUGAAGGUGUAUGAUACUUUGUCAAGAUACUCACACGAUCAAGAUAUUGACGUUGCUGCUAAUGCUAUUUUCUCUAUGGGUGUUGUUGGUGCUGGUACUAAUAAUGCUAGAUUAUCACAGUUGCUUAGACAAUUGGCAAGCUAUUAUGUGAAAUCUCCUGAUUGUUUGUUCAACGUAAGAUUAUCUCAGGGUUUGUUGCAUUUAGGUAAAGGUACCUUGUCUUUGAAUCCUUUCAAUACCGAUAGACAGAUAUUGUCCAAGGUUAACUUGGCAUCCCUUUUGACGACAAGUGUUUUAUUCUUGAACCCUAAAGAUUUUGUGUUGAGUGACUCCCAUUACUUGUUGUAUUAUUUAUCAUCGGCCAUCCAUCCAAGAAUGUUGGUUACCGUGGAUGAAGAUUUGAAUCCAGUAAAGGUCAAUGUCAGAGUCGGUCAAGCUGUUGAUACUGUUGGCCAAGCUGGUAAGCCAAAGACCAUUACCGGUUGGGUGACCCAAGAAACUCCUGUGUUGUUGAGCUAUGGUGAAAGAGCAGAAUUAGAAAACGAUGAAUACAUUUCCUUUGCCAGUGCUUUAGAAGGCAUUGUUAUAUUGAAGAAGAAUCCAGAUUAUGUUGAACUUGAAAGUUGA